AUGUUUUCAUUUCAAGGAUGCAGCUUUAUCCCUCGGUGUCAGACAUGCCGUUUAACUUCCGCAGAUCGCAGUUCCUGUUAUGAAGUUACUAAUGGUUUAUACAAUAAGUUGCGAAAAGACACCUUUUCCUCUAAAUGUAAGAAAGCUAACGUAGAGAGAUACUAUGAUAUCAAUGAUGAAGCUAAACUCCUCACUAAACGUAGUAAUAUCGAUGAUAGAUUAGAACGCUUUACUAAGAGCGAGGCGUUAAUUACUUUAAAAGACCUUAAGUCUAAUUUUUGUGAUAAUCUUACAUCUAGAUUGUUAAAUCCGGAAUGGUAUAAUACUUCAAUACUAAACAAACAAGCUACAUUGCGUGUUCACUUUGGAGAAAAUUAUGAAAACGCAUUUUGGAAUGGGAAAUAUUGCUCGUUUGGUGAUGGCUAUACAAACUUUUAUCCUUUCACAGAUGCUGAUAUUGUCGGGCAUGAACUUGCGCAUGGCUUCACAUAUCAACACUCUGAAUUGCUUUACUUUGAUGAGUCUGGAUCUAUGAAUGAGGCUUUUUCUGAUAUGACAGGAGAAGUCAAUGAAGCUUAUAUAGAUAAAACUGACUGGUUAGUUGGAUUCAACAUCAUAAAAGAUGAGGAAGCAUUGAGAUUUAUGGCAGACCCAUCCUUGGACAAUAAAUCUAUAAGUCAUGUGGAUAACUUCACUAAACAAAUGGAUCCUCAUCAUGGAAGUGGGAUUUAUAAUUUUAUGUUUUACUACAUUGUACACGAAUUAAAAAUGGAUAUCAAGGAAGCUUACCGAGUUUUCCUUAUUGCCAAUGAAAUAUAUUGGCAUCCUCAUUCAGAUUUCACUUCUGGGGCUUGUGAUGUGUUGAAGGUUGCCUACGAUCUUGGGCAAGAUCUAACCCCCUUUAUUAAAACCUAUGAACUUGUGGGAAUUAAACCAUGUGAUGUAGAGAAACAUAUUCGAGGAUUGCCAUUUAACAAAACAGUCUCAGGUAUUACAGUGUCAGAGAAAGCAAACCCAGUCUUUGAUUUUGUUUAUCCAAGCUGGGCUGGGAAUAUUACAAUUACUGCCACUAGUAUGUGUGGUGAAGUUCAUAUUAAGGUAUCAAAGAGCAAUAUGCUAACAGAGGGGGAUGGUUCAGACCCAGUUACAUUGUUAGCUGAAGGCACAUCAGAACUGAAUUUGGGAAAGCCAGAUGGACAUAAUUUCUUUGUCAAAUUAUCUCCAGAAUCUACUGAAAAUUUAGAGAAUGUUAGUAUACGUGUUACUUAUGGCUGUGAUCCAUAUUUUGUUGUAGAGUGA